AUGGAACUAUCAGAUUUGCAAAACAACAAGCAGAGCAGCAGCAACACAAACAACAGCGCCAACACAAAAACAAACACGGGUGGUGGUGGUGGUGGUGGUGGUGGUGGAAGUGCUGCAACUACUAAUCCUCAUGCUCACCAUCAUCACCACCAGCAAUCAACUUCGCAUCUCGUGGUCCCUUUUGAUGCCAGGCCAAACCCUCCAUCCCCCUUCAUCUCUUCCUCCACAUCUUCUUCCAAUUCUUCAUCCUCUUCCUCCUCCGCCGCCUCCGCCUCUUCCCACCUCAUCGACGCCUCCCUAGCCAUCGCCACCAGAUCUGAUGAUUCUGCCAAGAAGACCCAACAACUUUCCACCACCGCCGCCGCCGCCUCCCCCGCCACCAACCCACCCAAGCGAUCCACCAAGGACAGGCACACCAAAGUCGACGGCCGCGGCCGCAGAAUUCGAAUGCCCGCCACCUGCGCCGCUAGGGUUUUCCAAUUGACCAGAGAAUUGGGCCACAAGUCCGACGGCGAGACCAUCGAGUGGCUCCUCCAGCAGGCCGAGCCUGCCAUCAUCGCCGCCACCGGAACCGGCACCAUCCCCGCCAAUUUCUCCACCCUCAACGUCUCCCUCCGCAGCAGCGGCUCCACGCUAUCGGCGCCGCCAUCCAAGUCCGCCCCGCACACCUUUCACGGCGCGCUUGCACUCGCUCAUCACCCUUACGAGGAAGCCUUUCAACACACCGCUUUACUAGGCUUCCACCCUCAUGCUCACCAGCACCAUCAACAGCACCAACUUCUCUCCGCCGAUCAAAUCGCGGAAGCGCUUCCCAGCGGUGGCGCUGACUCCGGCGACAGCUAUCUCAGGAAACGCUACCGAGAAGAUCUGUUCAAAGAUGAUGACAUUAACACCCAAUCGCAGAACGAGAGCGGUGACGGCUCUUCGCCUAAAACUCCCAACCUACAGCUUCCGAAGCAGCAGCAGCAAACCGAAGCUGGUUCUGGGCUUCUCAGGCCCGCGAAUUUGCUACCCGCGACAGCGAUGUGGGCCGUGGCGCCCGCUCCCGCAAGUGGGCCUCCAGGCAGCACAAUUUGGAUGCUUCCAGUAACCUCGGCUUCUUCUUCUGCUUCUGCUGCAGCUUCCGCUUCUACUUCUUCUGGUGGUGGUGGUGGUGGAUCCUCGGCGAGUUUGGAGAGUCAGAUGUGGUCUUUCUCGCAGAGUGGUUUCAUGCCAAGAUUCAAUCUUCCGAGUGCGCUUGAAUUCCAAGGCGCACGUGGGGGUUCUCUGCAAUUGGGGUCCAUGCUAAUGCCGCAGCAACCUUCUCAGCAUCUGGGUCUCGCCAUGUCUGACUCCAACUUGGGCAUGUUGGCUGCCCUUAAUGCUUACACUAGGGCUGGUUUCAAUAUUAAUUCUGACAAUCAUCAUCCCCAUCCCCAUCACCACCACCACCAUCAUCAUCAUCCCUUGGAGCAUCAACAUCAACAUCAAUCUCAACCUAGUGAGAGUGGAGAAGAUGCUCCUAAUAGCUCCCAAUGA